CGCAGACGGAGCCCGUUUUUCGUGCGCUCCGCUAUCGAGCCGGCGAGCAGACGCCCCUGCGCCUGGCCGUGGAUAUUGACUUCACCGCAGCGCGUGGUUUCAGCUGGAAAACGUUUUUUUUUUCCCGGCACGUCGCUCUUGCAGGACUGCAGCAGAAGCGAGUGAAAGCGAAACAUCCAGGCCACAACCACGAAGGACAUCGGAGUUGCCGAGUGUUUCUAUCUUACACCACCAUCGCUCUUCCGCUAAUUGUUCCGUCUGCUAUACUCGACUGCAUUGUGUUGUCGUCUGUGCCGUGGCAGCCCGUGAAAGCCGCCAGACUGUUCUCGUUGUCGUCUGCUGUUCGAUUUAAUGAGUGCUUCGUGAGUCUCCUGGGGUGUCGCCGCCAGUGUUCCUUGGACUAAUCAACUAUCAGCUGCACUUAAGGACUGACGUUUACAGAAGAAGGCACAAGACCAGGCCCGUGUGUUUUGGUGAGGAAAUACGGCAAGAGCUGCGGGUUCGUUGACCUCCGGGAGUAGCCGAGCGGGGAGCGCUAGCAGCAGCAGCGCCUCGAGCAGUCGCCGGUCAAGCACUGCCAGCGUAGCGUCCUUGCAUUCGGAUGCCUCGGCUGCCGACGACGAGGAGGCCUCGGAACACAGGGCGUCACAGCCGCUGAGGGGCUACGAACGACCCGGUUCGGGGCGAAACGAAACCGAGUUACGAGCGGCAGCCAUGACGGGGCUGGGUUUUGUUCGCGUCAAACUGCUCCAGGUGGAGCUGUCGUCCAACAACGGUCAGACAGGCGGACACGAACCUUCGGACCAGCAGGCGCCGACGCAGCAGCAGCCGACACCGGCGAGGCACGACAUCGUCGACCCUUUCUGCGUCGUCAACCUCAAGGAGGCCGAGGAGAUUCCGGGCAAAGGCGUCCAGCUGGCACAGAGCAAGAAGUCUCUCUACCCGGAAUGGAACUCCUGCUUCGACGUCCAGAUUUUCAGAGGUUCCCUGAUGCACAUCCUGGUGAUGGAUCGUCCGAACCGGCAUCUGGCCGAUCUGCUGCUAAGUGCCCAAGUGCUGGCCGACAAGUGUCGCGACGGAGAGGACGUCGUCAACGUUUGGCUCAAGCUCCGACCCAGCGGAAAACUCAAUGUCCAGGUUCGCCGCUUCCGUGAGGGAGAAGCCACUCCUCUUGAGGAGGAACCGAAGGCGGCCGGAGGCAUCACCCGCCGCCGGGGCGCCAUCAAGCACCAGAAAGUCUUCGAGGUCAAGGGUCACAAAUUCAUCGAGAAAUUCUUCCGACAACCCACCUUCUGCGCCUUCUGCAAGGAGUUCCUCUGGGGCUUCGGAAAGCAAGGAUACCAAUGCAUCUCAUGCCAGGUGACCGUGCACAAGCGAUGCCACGACAAGUUCCUGGCCAAAUGCCCGGGAUCAGUCAAGGAGUCGCAAGCCACGCUGUACCUCCGGGAGCGGUUCAAGAUGGACGUGCCCCACCGUUUCCGGGUGCACAAUUACAUGAGCCCUACUUUCUGCGACCACUGCGGCUCGCUUCUCUACGGACUCUUCAGGCAGGGGCUCAAGUGUCAACAAUGCAAGGUCAACUGUCACAAGAAAUGCGAGAAACACAUGGCCAACCUGUGCGGGGUCAACCAAAAGCUCCUCUCCGAGGUGCUCGCCACAGUCAAGAAAGAUAUGGCGACCUCUCCGCCUGCGGCGGGGACACCCGGAGGAGGAGGCGCCGGAGGCAAGACCCGCGCGGCCGUUUCCGGAGCUCCGGAAGAGACUGCGACGACGCCUGCGUUGCCGGCCUCGCCGCGCCGGUCAUCGACGAUCGCGGACAUUUCCGAGGUCAGGCAGCAGCUGCACUACAAGGACCACGAGCACGAGCGCAAGGAAGAAGACAGGAGAGGCGAGGAAGCGGAAGCAACGUCGCGGCCGCCAAUUCCGGGCAGCCGGUCGGCGCCGCAGACCCCGACGCAGGAAGAGCGCGUCAAGUUCCGCAAGUACAACUUGACAGAUUUCAACCUGCUCAAGGUCCUCGGCAAGGGCAGCUUUGGCAAGGUGCUGCUGGCCGAGCUGAAGGGCACCAAGCGCCACUACGCGGUCAAAUGCCUCAAGAAGGACGUGGUGCUGGAGGACGACGACGUCGAGUGCACGCUCAUCGAGCGGAGGGUGCUUGCCAUGGGCACGCAGCACCCGUUCCUCUGCAACCUAUUCUGCACCUUCCAGUCACAGAGCCACCUCUUCUUUGUAAUGGAGUUCCUGAACGGAGGCGAUUUGAUGUUUCAUAUACAACAGUCCGGAAGGUUCGACCAAGAUCGAGCAAGGUUCUAUGCCGCCGAAAUUGUCUGCGCCCUAAAAUUCCUCCAUAAAAGGGGAAUCGUGUACAGAGACCUGAAGCUGGACAACGUGCUGCUGGACCGGAACGGCCACGUGAAGAUCGCCGACUUUGGCAUGUGCAAGUGCGGGCUGGCGGACUCCGGGAAGACGUCCACCUUCUGCGGAACGCCGGACUACAUCGCGCCCGAGAUCAUCAAGGGCCAGCACUACAACCAGUCGGUCGACUGGUGGUCGUUCGGCAUCCUGACCUACGAGAUGCUCAUCGGCCAGUCGCCCUUCAACGGCACCGACGAAGACGAGCUGUUCUGGUCCGUCUGCAACGAGGAGGCUUACUACCCGAGGUUCCUCAGCCGCGAGGCAAAGUCACUCCUAGUAUUGCUGCUGGACAAGAACGCCGAGACGCGUCUCGGCAUGCCCGGCUGUCCAGCGGGUGACGUGUGCGACCAGCCUUUCUUCCGCAACAUCCAGUGGGAAAAGCUCGAGAAGAAAGAGGUCGAGCCUCCGUUCAAACCCAAACUGAAAAACACAGCGGACGUGAGCAACUUCGACAGCGACUUCACAAUGGAGAAGCCCGUGCUGACGCCCAUCGACCCGCAGAUCUUGGCCUCCAUGGACCAGGAGCAGUUCAAGGGAUUCAGCUACACAAACCCAGCUAUGACCGACUGAGGGCAAUGUUACGGAGGCAAGCGCGCAACAGAAAAUGUACUAGGGUGCCUCAAAGCACAAGUGCAUUGCAGCGCCCUGACAACAGAAAGCAACUGUGAUAUGCGGCACAGCCUGCUCUUUUUUAUUUGCUGCCACCACGUACGUGUGAGUGGAUAGGCUGACAGGUGAAGCUUUCUAUAACAAGGCCUGCUUGCUGCACGCAAUGCUGCACAGCUACCUAGGCUGCACCAGAAAGACCCAAAUGAAGCUCAUUGUGGUCACGCACACAUGUUUCCGGGACACUUAUAUAUGACCGAUCCUGAUGUACAGUCAGUUUUCAAAGGUUUAGCAGACGGCUGUGCACGUGACAAGUCUUGAAAAUGCAGUGAUGUUCGUGCUCUAACCUUCCACCUGAGCAUCCACAUUUUGGGGGUUCUAGGAAUGCCCCACAAACAAGCGUUCUCCAUCCACUCCCCUUCACUUCUCAACCAAGCAAAAUGUCUGAUCAUACAAGUAUUGUCCUCGGAACAUCUUAAAAAAGGAUGGCGUUUACCUAAGCCUUAAUCGGUAACAUGAAAUUUGGCAUACUUUUGGGGCACGGCAGAGGCUCAACAGGCUGUUUAUUUACCCAGUCACUCGCCGACAUGAGAUCAUCUGCUGUACCCAGCAAGAAUUUAUGCUGACAGAGUCCUUGAUCGAGAAAAUUUAGAGCUGUCUUUUUUGUAAUUUAUAUAACAUUGACAUUGAAGCACGCAAAUUAGGUGUCGUUUUAUGGCUGUACUUGUUCCGUGGUGACAAAUUUUCCGUUACAAAUAGGGCUCCACUAAUCGAUAUUUUCUUAAAUUUUUUAUGUGUUUAGAUGCUACAUUCAUGAUAACAUGCAAUAGAUGCUGGCCUGGAGCAGAGACUCGAUCAUCAAAUAGGAACAAGCACCACCAAGACACACAAAAUCGUAACCUUGUGUGGUUAGUCAUCAUCGGGAGGUCGUGGUUUUUGAUUACAUGAGAGGAUCUGUGGAACACGGUUCACAAUUUGGCUGUGACAUUCGAGAUAUAACGGCAACGUAAAGGCUUUGAUUUCAGGUGCGCACUAGUAGCUGUUUAGCUAAACUAGUCGCGAUUUUGUAGCAAGGCCUUCCGCUCGAUUCUGUGUCACUCUUAUCAUCCGGCGUUCGUAACCAGCUGAUCCCAUUGAUAAUGCUGGUGGAGCGUCGCUCUGAUCACAAGUAGCUGUUUAUAUGUAACAAACACAGGUACCUUAGUAUGACCAAAAUUGAUCAGUUGGCCAGUUAAAUAUGUGACAUUUUGCAACAAACAAUCCAGCAAUUUUUUUCGAUGCAAAUAUACCUACGCGUUUGAAGGUCUUUGUUCAGCACCAUGAAAAUCCCUGCAUCAUGGGCAUUUUGUACUAAUGAGUCGGAAUACAUAGAAACCACUGUGGAUGUAAUGUCAUGCAAUCAAGGCUUGUCAGUAUAAGUAGUAAUCAGCUAAUUACAUAUGACAGGGUUGGUCAACAGUAAAUUCUUUCAUAUUAGCAGACUAUAGAGCACAAGAAACACAAGGGCAGUACGAAGAACGUGGACAAAGCUUUGUUUGCGUCUACUGUACUCUCCUCAUGUUAUUGUGCAGUAGUGGGCAUUAUACUGUAUAUUGUAACCUACUGCAGUCGUACACCAAUUUUUUUAAUUGUUUAUAACUCAUCCCCUCUGCUAUGCCUCUGAACUUGAGGGUAUUAUAAAUAAAUAAAAAAAUAAACGUGGAAUAUACCGACAAGCCCAAACUUACUCUCAAAUUUAUAUUGUUGUCACAAGGAGCACGCGGCUGCACCUUUAUUUGGUAAUCAGCAACUGCAAAGCUCAAGUUGCUGUUCAAGCAUGAAUUUAUACUUUAAUUAUUAUUUUUUAAUGACGGAACUGUAUUUUAGACAUAAGAUGUACACUAACUCGAAAAACACCUGGUAGACUAGUCAUCUCUUUUUAAAUAUCUUUUCAUUCUCUUUCUCAGGUUCAAUAUCUACUUCCACUGUGACGAAUUUACUACUAGACUAAUGUCUGAGUACUUUUUCACUGUCGGAACAUGACGACUGCAAGUUUUCAAAAAGACAUAAACCACUUCUUGCUGCAUAACUGCAAAGUUUUCACCAAAGUAAUUAUUCCACGCGAGAACAAGGUGCUGAAUUCCAUGAUUGCCUUUUACAGAGAGAUGCAGAGCUUGAAAAUAACUCCGAGCUGUACUGAAGGUCGCCGGCAAUCAGGCAACCAUGUUCAAUUGACGAAGUUCGCAUUCAUGUGUCACAAGGUAGUCGUUUAGUGGAAGAUGUUGGUGUGAGCUUGGAUAUUUUCCAUCUCACUGCCUUCCAUAAACAUAAAAAUGUACCUUCAAAGCUUCGAGCUCAGGAUAAGAGAGUGUGACACUGUUUGGCAAGUCACGCAGGAAGAAGUGCGAUCUUCUGUAGCACGUCGAAAACAUUACCAACAAACAUUUAAUGGGAAGGCCCAACAAUGAGCGACAGCAAGUACACUGCGGGAAUUAUCCUGACACUCGUUUCCAGCUGCAAACAAUUAAGCGUGCUCGUGUCAUUACGAGGUAGUCGUGAUGCGAGACGAGGUUGUCCUCCCGCGCAUUGUGUAGGACUUCUGCGCGCAGAAUAUUUUUCAUAAAAAUGCUGAUAUUUCACUGCUACAGGUCGCUGGAGACGGCAUUGUUGAUGCAUUCCUAAAAAAAUGGUGUGUAUAUCUGAAAGGAAUAGCUCCCUGUUCCAUAGUAGUAAGUUUUACAGUAGCUUUUGGUCGCAUGAGGCAUGUCGGCAAUGAACUUAACAGGAGGAAAACAGACAGUAUCAUUGCGGCAUUUGACAGCGGUGCCUUUUAAAGUAAGCAAAGAAAGGUUUCAGCUCCACAGAGUGAGUCAAUAUCACAGCAGCGUAGAAUCCAAGGGUCGUUUUAAGAGCUUUGGCCGUUUUGUAACACUUAGUGCAGCUUUACGCGUUUGAAUGUAUUUACAAGCAUGCAUUAGAGUUUCUGCAUCAGCGUGUCGCGAGCGCGCUGGAUUCUUUACUUUUCGUCGUGUUGUAGAGAACUUAGGUAUCAUCGUUUCAUAAGAAUUUUGUACAUCGGGUCAAAGUUCAUUGUGGGCUUCAUGAAGAGAGCGCAUUGCGUUGCUGAACUAAUGCAAUAGCUUUGCAGACUGCUUUGAAUUUAGCGAGAGUCAAUCUUGCAGACCUGACAUCGAGUGACGGUCAGACAUCGUGCUUUAUUUAAUUUUCUUCACUGCAUCAACCCACACACUUCAUUCUGCAGCUUCAGUCAAGCUAGCUGCAUCAUCAAAAGUGAUGUUCAGUAUUAUAGCAGCGUACCUUGGCUACGGCAAUGUCAACUAACUUCACAAUCCAUGUGGGCAUUUAGUGUAACCCAGACUGUGCUGUCAUCUCUCAACGGCGGUCGCGGCGAGAAUGCCAGAACCGCUUUGUUGCAAACAAAUUCAGGUCUUCUUGUCAAUAAUAAACGAAAUGAAGCAACA